AUGGCCCAGCUUUGCCAGACCGGCGCCCUGGACACUGCCGCAUGGCUCUCGGACCUCGAACUGACGCUCGGGCAGACCAUCCCCAUCGCCAAGCACUGCCCUCCAGUGGAAGACGAGGCUGCGAGCCUUAUGGGCAAGCGCGUCUCGAUGACCAUUGAUUGGACGCACGCCGACGCGCCUCAAACCUAG